CCAACAUUUAAAGCACUUCUGACUGCUUCCCAGCCCACACCCAACAGAGAAAACUAUUGUGUCAAAGGGACAGCACCAAAAGGCAAAAGGAAGUGAAGCAGUAUUGAUUGAUCAACUCCUUGACAGAAGACCAUGGCAAAGAAGGUGGCAGUGAUUGGAGCUGGGGUCAGUGGCCUGGUCUCUCUGAAGUGCUGUGUGGAUGAGGGACUGGAGCCCACUUGCUUUGAGCAAACUGAAGAUAUUGGAGGGCUGUGGAGGUUCAAGGAAAAUGUUGAAGAUGGCCAAGCAAGUAUCUAUCAAUCUGUCAUCACCAACACCAGCAAAGAAAUGUCUUGUUUCAGUGACUUUCCAAUGCCUGAAGACUUUCCAAACUUCCUGCACAAUUCUAAGCUCCUGGAAUAUUUCAGAAUUUUUGCCAGAAAGUUUGAUCUUCUAAAAUAUAUUCAGUUCCAGACAACUGUCCUCAGUGUGAAAAAACACACGGAUUUCUCAUCUUCUGGCCAAUGGGAGGUUGUUACCGAGAGCAACAGCAAGAAGCAAAGUGCUGUCUUUGACGCAGUUAUGGUUUGCAGCGGCCAUCACAUCCUCCCUCACAUCCCACUGGAGUCAUUUCCAGGUAUUGAGAGGUUCAAAGGCCAAUAUUUCCAUAGCCGCCAAUACAAGCACCCAGAGGGACUUGAAGGGAAACAUAUCCUGGUGAUUGGACUAGGAAACUCGGCCUCAGAUAUUGCCGUUGAGCUGAGUAAGAAGGCUGCUCAGGUAUUUAUCAGCACCAGACAUGGUUCCUGGGUCAUGGGCCGUAUCUCUGAAGAUGGAUAUCCCUGGGACAUAGUGUUCCAAACCCGGUUUCGGUCCAUGCUCCGAAAUGUCCUGCCACUAACAGUUCAAAAAUGGAUGAUUGAACGGCAGAUGAAUCGGUGCUUCAACCAUGAAAAUUAUGGCCUUGAGCCUCAAAACAAAUAUCUUAUGAAAGAACCUGUGGUAAAUGAUGAUCUUCCAAGUUGUAUACUCUACGGAGCCAUCAAGGUGAAACCGAGAGUGAAAGAGCUCAGAGAAACUUCUGCCAUAUUUGAAGAUGGAACAGUGGAGGAGAAUAUUGAUGUUAUUGUCUUUGCAACAGGAUAUACUUUCUCUUUUCCAUUCCUUGAAGAUUCACUUGUUAAAGUAGAGGAUAAGAUGGUCUCACUGUAUAAAUACAUGUUCCCUCCUCACCUGGAGAAGUCAACUCUGGCGUGCAUUGGUCUCAUCCAGCCCCUAGGUUCCAUUUUCCCAACUGCCGAACUUCAAGCUCGUUGGGUAACCAGGGUUUUCAAAGGCUUGUGUACCUUGCCCUCAGAGAGGACUAUGAUGGCGGACAUUAUCAAGAGGAAUGAAGAAAGAAUAGAUUUGUUUGGAAAGAGCCAGAGCCAGACACUGCAGACCAAUUACAUCGACUACUUGGACGAGCUCGCCUUAGAGAUAGGUGCGAAGCCAGACAUCCUGUCUCUCUUGCUGAAAGACCCCAAACUGGCUGUGAAGCUCUAUUUCGGACCCUGCAACUCCUACCAGUACCGCCUCACUGGGCCCGGGCAGUGGAAGGGAGCCAAGAGGGCCAUCCUCACCCAGAAACAACGGAUACUGAAGCCUUUAAAGACACGGGCACUAAAAGCUUCAUCUGAUUUCCCAGUUUCCUUUCUGUUGAAAAUCGUGGGGCUUCUUGCUAUUGUUGUGGCCCUUUUUUUUCGGCUUCAGUGGUUCUAAUUGGUCAGCAUAAAGCUUUUGAUUUUAGUGUCAGUCAGUUCCUCUUUAAAAAAAAAGGCAAAGAAAAACAUGAAAUCUAGAUUCUAUAUUUCAGAGUUGAGAGGAACAGAAAGAGGUGGUUGUAGAGAAUUAGCAGAAUUAGGUCCAUGUUAAAACACUAAAAUGGUGUCAUGAAAUUUCUUUGCCACUCCACCCUUCCCUCAAGUUCAUCAGACUCUCCAAAAGGACAAUUAAAUAGCACUGGCUAAAUAGUGCUGCCAGGCCCCAUAUAAGAGGGUUGUGUGGAAAAAAUAGAAAUACAUAGAAUGAAAAGCAAGCCCCAUGGUUUAAAACAUUAGAAAAUUUCAAUGGUGGGUAAAUAUUUAAACUCUUGCAUGAUGUUCUUGAUAAUCUUCCCUACCCGGGCUGUAUCUGGUAACAAAGUUCUCAGGUGUUAGGUCAUGCUCCAUUUGCUUAUCAGGGAAUCACUCAAAAAUCCUGGAUGAAAAUAUGAGAGGCUAGACUCAGAAAGCAAUGGCGAUGAUAAGACAGACUCCUUGGGCCUCAUGGUGAAAGCAAAGCCAAUAGGCACAUUUGUUAUGUUUUGACAGAAACACUGCUGUAAAAAUAAAAAUAAACCUGCAGUAACAGCUAUAUACACAUUCAGUACUUUCCAUAGACCAGACAUUAUGCUCAGUGCACAUUGUAUGUAUUAACUUCAUUUAAAUCUCACAAUAAUUCUGUGAGAUGGAUGAGGCUAUUCUACCCAUUUUAUAGAUGAUGAAACUGAGAGAGCAGUUGGGUAACAUGUCCAAGACCAUACAGCUGGUCUUGCCAGGCAGCCAGGAUUGGAACCCAGUUUUGCUUGAUUCUGGAACUGUGGAUCAUAACCUUUCCCCAGAAUAUACUUAUUUACAAAACAGCUAUUGCAGAUAAAGUAAUUAAUUAUUAACAGUUUAUUUUAUUUAUAAUUAUAUAUAUGUUGCUUUUGGAGGAACUUAACACAGAUAACAGCACACUUCUUGCAAAUAUGAUCAAUUAAUUUUAUUCAUAAUAUUUUGGUUUAUAGUCCAACCAGAUCUAAAAAGCAUUUGAAGGAAUUUACAAUGAAACACACCUAUAGAAGAACAUUUAAGAUGAUCAUUGACAUUUUGAAAAAACAAGCAUUGAGGACGAAGUAUAUGUCCCAAGUAGAUGAAAAGCAUUAUAAUGAUUGAGCCUUGUAUUUAGCUCCAACAUUAUAGGUAAACAAGGCAAAAAGUGAAACAAUAUAUAAUCUCUGUCAUUUGAUAAAAGGAAGCAUACCAGUUUGUUAGACACAUUUUCUUGGAACUGAAAUUUAAAAAAGAUACAAGCAAUUCAAUGUCAAUAGACAUUGAGCAACAGAAUAAACAUCUGGUUUAUCAACCCACUACAGCCAUUCUUUCCAUGAACUGUGCUUUGGGAGAUAAGCUAUGCCCUAAACCCAGCCCAAGGACUUUUGAAGAGGGAAAAGGUCAGGAAUUAAAAAUUUAGGCAAAUUUCUCCUCUUACUCUUCCAAAGUCUGUGCGGACAUUGUUCUUUACUUUGGCCUGGAUUUGUCUCUAAAGAGCCCAGAGCAAUGUAAUGGCAAUCUCUGUCAGUGGAAGCUUCAUUUCUUUAAAGUCCAUUGAAAUGGACUUGCUCCAUUCAUCAUUACCACUACCCAGGGAAGUAACUAUGGUCAUUAUCCUACUCCUACAGUGGACUAGAUUGGGAAACAAGUGUCGGGUUGGUACCGAAUCAGUGGGGAAAAAUAGCUCCAUUAGGACAAAAUUAUUAUUAUAUGUAUAACCUUGAAAUUUUUAGAAAGAGCUUAAUCUCUUGAAAGCUUUCCAAAUAUUGUGUUAUCUUUUUAAAAACAUAAACAGUUCACUUCCAGAGUCUGAAUGACUAAGAAAGACUCAUCCAAGUUUAUUCUUCUGCCUCUAUACACCAGGAAACAGGAAACUAUCCCAGACAAACCAACUAGGAUAGUUUGUUCCAAAUUACGACCCACAGACUACCUGCAUCAGAAUAUCUCAGGGAGCUUAUAGAAGUGCAGAUUCUUAAAUACAAAUGCAGUAAUAAUUCAGACCUGCUGAAUGAGAGUCUCCCCUGGAAUCUCCAGUCUUGACAAGCUCCCUAAAAGAUUCCUGUUCACAUUAAAUUUAAAAACCAUUGGUUUGAGGUAUCGCCAAAAAAGCUGCUUUUGCUUUUGCUUAUCAGGGAAUCACUCAAAAAUCCUGGAUGAAAAUAUGAGAGGCUAGACUCAGAAAGCGAUGGCGAUGAUCAGACAGACUCCUUGGGCCUCAUGGUGAAAGCAAAGCCAACAGGCACAUUUGUUAUGUUUUGGAUCAUAUGUCAUGGAUCAAUCCAUGACUUUUUCCACUCCUCAAGGCCAAAUUCCCCCUUCGGUUCAGCCUUGGUGCUUCUAGUUGCAAUUUACAAUGUUCUCCUGUAAAGAAUGUUAACUUGUUAUCACCCUCCUCCCAAAUCUCUCCCUGUGAUGUUCCCUUUACUAAACUUUCAUUUUAACUACCCUUCUCUCUGUGAUAGCUACUCAGUUUUUCUUACCAAAAGGCAAAUAUGUCCCAUUUGCUCAUUGCAGAAAAAUUAAGAUAUUUUAAAAAUAAAACUCUUGGACUGUGACAUGUAACAAAAUUUCUAAUAAUAAAGAUUUCAAAAGCUUAACCCACAAAGAAUCCAAUGUUCAUAUUACAGUAAGGAUGGCAAAGGAAGAUCCUUCCUUAUAACUAGUCCUUCAUCCUGGAAGAUGCUGCUACACCAGUACAACCCCCAAUGCAGAGCUAUUGGCCAUUUUCUGGAGGCGGAAUGUGUUUACACAGAACAUAACUCACUUUCUUGUCUGGUCUGCCUUAUGACCAGAUUAUGGAUCAAUGAAGCUUAAAAAAGUGGGGGGUGCGCCUGGAUGGCUCAGUCAUUAACCAUCUGCCUUCAGCUCAGGUCAUGAUCCCAGAGUCCUGGGAUCGAGCCCCACAUCGGGCUCCUUGCUCUGCGGGAAGCCUGCUUCUCCCUCUCCCACUCCCCCUGCUUGUGUUCCUUCUCUCGCUGUCUCUCUCUCUGUCAAAUAAAUACAUAAAAUUUUUAAAAAAAGAAAAAAAAAGUCUCCUGGGAUUAGAUUCUUGUAAUCCAGGUCAGAAGCCAAAAUGAGAUUGAACAUGCAAGGCUUUAUUAAGGAAAAUGCCUGUAUGAGGGGGAAAAUAGGGAAAGUGCAGGAAGUGGCUGGAAGAGUCAUCAGAGAGUCUGCCUCUGAAUGAAGGAAAGACAAAAGAAGGUUUGGGUAGAAACAUCCCUGACUGCUGUGCAGUCCAAGCAAGGAAGAUGCAGCAGAGCCACUGGGGAGUCCUCAAGCCAUCAAAGAAUCCUGACUCUCCCAGGUGUCUGGCUCCUGGCUCAUCCCAACUCCUGGGAAGGGGGCCUGGGCACAAGCACAACAAUGUAUCUCACACACAACAGCUAAAGCCCUUGGUCAAUUACACAACCUGUGCUUAGAGAUCCAUGAAGCGCAUUCUCAGGCUCAUAAUGUCAUUUUUUGUAUUUUUUAACUAAUUGAAUCACAAGCUUUAAAUUAAUUUGCCUACUUAAGGGGUAUGUGCACCCCAAUGUUUAUAGCAGCAAUGUCCACAAUAGCCAAACUGUGGAAAGAGCCAAGAUGUCCAUCAACAGAUGAAUGGAUAAAGAAG